AUGUACAAACUCGUAGUUGCCCUCCUGGAUUUAUCGGUGACCGCUGCAAAAAGACAUUUGCUGCAAAUUCUUACAGUUUGGGAUGCAACAAAACCUGCAGUUGUGUCAACGGCAGAAAGUGUAACCCCGUCAACGGCACGUGAGCUUGUGUUGGGCAUUGGUAUGCUCAGACGACUGGGAAGUCGGAAUGGAUUUCAUGUUGAUGGUAUUUCCUAUCUUGUUCAGUCUUGUUACACCCAAGACAAAUGUACGUACUACAGCGCAUAUGAAGAGAGCUUGCCUGUGUCUCGAAUAAAAACUGUGGUGCAGCAAUACACGGUGAAGUCCAGGACGUCCUGUUCCUUCUGGGGCUCAUCUUCCUGCACAGUGAUACGCGUUCGAUAUACAACUGGCUACAGAACGACGUACUUCACUGUGUCCCAAACCAGCUACUUCUGUUGUCCUGGAUACUCAGCCCUAGCCAACGAAUGCAAACCUGUCUGCUCGCCCACUUGCAAGAACUCGGGAACGUGCACGAGUCCGGGACGAUGCCAUUGCUCUUCCGGAUGGACGGGAUCUGGAUGUACAACACCUGAAUGUGAUACUGGCUGUGCUGCGAACGGUGGAACCUGUAAGGCUCCAUUUAAGUGUCUUUGCUCUGCAGGGCUGUCUGGGCCGUCAUGCCAAACAGCAUGUAGUGGUGACCAUUUUGGACCGAAUUGUGCUCAGAGGUGCUCAUGCCAAAACGCUGCUUCGUGUGAACCAGUUACAGGAGCAUGUAACUGCGCGGCUGGAUGGCAGGGAAUGAACUGCGAUAAGGCGUGUCCAACAGGAACAUAUGGUCUUGGGUGCCUUCCUUGCAAGUGCCAGAAUGGAGCAUCAUGUGACCACGUCACUGGAAGUUGCACUUGUCCUACUGGAUAUUACGGAAAAUCGUGA